AUGAUUGUGUUUAACUUAUGGUCAGUGUUACAAUGGUAUCUGCGACCAUUCAUUAAAUGGUUUCUUAGAAAAACGACGAAGCUGUGUGAACUGCAGAGGAUUUGUUACGGUGACAAACCGGGAGCAGAAAGAACCCGUAAUGUAGAGAAAUCAUUGAUGCAAUCGCGUACCAGAGAUGUAAAAGAGGUGGUUGCUUACUUAGACGGUGUAGUGUAUGAAAGGAGAUUCAUACCGCGCUAUUUUCGUGACAUUUUGGACCCCUCGAUUGGUAUCAUAUUGAGGGUAAAGAAAAUUAACCCAAAGCUUCAUGGUACGUUUGUGGUAUCAUUUCGACGAUGCUUGGAGCAAAUUUGGAGUUAUAGAAGUCUAAUUGACCAAGUGGAACAGCUGAGACAGACUCAGUUUGAUAGCACUAAUGACGAUCAUGAGAAUAAGUUGCUGCAGUUAUGGUCUUUGUUAGUGCCUGACACUCCUCUUGAAGCUAGGGUGACUAAGCAAUGGCAGUAUAUAGGAUUCCAGGGAGAUGAUCCAAAAACAGACUUUCGUGGUAUGGGCCUCCUUGGUCUAGAAAACCUGUUAUAUUUUGCCACAGAGUAUCCGCAAGUUUCAAGUCAUGUUCUUAGCCAUUCACUACAUCCGAGAUAUGGCUACACAUAUGCUAUAGUUGGUAUAAAUAUCACAUCAAUGGCUUACUACUUACUGCAAGAUGGUUCUGCAAAAACAUACAUGUUCAAUGCAAAACAAUGUUUGCCUAAUGUAAACUUAUUUCACAAAUUCUAUUGCUAUUUAUUCUAUGAGUUUGAUAAAAUGUGGAUAGAAUCGAAACCAGCGAAUAUCAUGGAGUUCUCGGAUAUUUUUAAGAAAUUUGAAAAUGCCGUGCGCAUUGAACUGGCAGACCCUGCUUCAGUGUUUAGGAUAAACGUUGAAGUAGAUAAUGUAUAA